AUGGAUUCAAUAAGAUUUGGAUUGUUGACAGUUAGUGAUAGUUGUUACAAAUAUAAAAAUGAAGAUAAAAGUGGACCAGAAGUAGAACUAUGUAUUCAUGACAAAAAUUCUGAAAUUGGAAAGAUCUUAAAAGGUCAAGUAUAUCAUAAAAAUAUUGUUCCAGAUGAAGAAUAUGCAAUAAAGGAAAACCUAAUUUCAUGGAGUGAUAGUAGACAAAUAGAUGUUAUUUUCACAAUUGGUGGCACAGGAUUUUCCAAACGAGAUGUAACUCCUGAAGCAACAAAACAAAUUAUUCAAAAAGAAGCACCUGGAAUAGCUACUGCUAUGUUAAUGUCAAGCUUAAAAAUUACUCCAAUGGCUAUGUUAUCCAGAGCUGUAUGUGGUAUACGAGAUAAAACACUGAUUAUUAAUUUACCGGGGUCACCGAAAGCUGCAAAGGAAUGCUUAAAUGUAAUUGCACCAGCUAUCCCACAUGCUGUUGAUCUAAUUAGAGACCAUAAGGAAAGAAUUAAAGAUACACAUGCAAAUGUGCAAAAUAAUAUUGCUACAGAAAUUCCAUUAUCAAAAGGUUCAAAUAAAAUUUCGCCUUGUUUAGGAAGUAUAAUUGAACGCAAUAGAGAAUCACCAUAUCCAAUGAUUUCUGUAGAAGAAGCUUUACAAUUAAUAUAUAAACAUACAGAACCAUUGAAUUCCAAUUGUAAAUUAGAAGAGGAUUUAGAAAAAGCCCAUGGCAAGAUUUUGAAUGGUGAUUUAUAUUCUAAGUGUGAUUUACCUCCAUUCAGGGCUUCUAUUAAAGAUGGCUAUGCAGUCUUAGCAAAUGAUGGGAAAGGCAGAAGGACAGUACUGAGUGGAAUAAAAGCAGGAGGAAUUGCCACUGCAAUUAAACUUCUACCUGGUACAUGUGUAAGAGUAAAUACAGGUGCCCCUAUUCCAGAUGAUGCAACUGCAGUUAUUCAAGUAGAAGAUACCAAACUUAUAAAAGGAACAUCAGAUAAUAUGGAGGAAAAAGAAAUCGAAAUUAUGGCCGAAGUACAAAUUGGACAAGACAUUAGACCUAUUGGUUGUGAUAUUAAAAAGGGAGAGUUAAUUUUAAAAUCAGGAACAAAACUCGAAGCAAUAGAAUUAGGUCUUGCCGCUGCAUGUGGUUAUAAAAAAAUACCAGUUACCGAUUUUCCAAAGAUUGGUGUAUUAUCUACAGGAGAUGAAUUACAAUGUCCUGGGACAGCUUUAAUGCCUGGGCAUAUAUAUGAUAGCAACAAAGUUACAUUAUUAACAAUGUUAAAAGAAAAUGGCUUUGAUUCUAUGGAUAUGGGUAUUGCAGUGGAUGAUGAGAACAUCAUGAUAAACAAAAUUAAACAUGCUUUAAAACAAGUUGAUGUACUUAUAACAUCAGGUUCUGUAUCAAUGGGUGAUAGGGAUAUGUUAAAACCAAUUCUGCAACAUUAUUUUAAUGCUACAAUACAUUUUGGACGUAUAAAUAUGAAACCUGGAAAACCAACUACUUUUGCAACAUGUGUGCUUCAAGAUAGAAAGAAAUAUUUAUUGUGUUUACCAGGUAAUCCAGUUUCUGCAACUGUUACUAUGCAUUUAUUUGCUUUACCUUUACUAAAGAAAUUAUGCAAGGAUGACUCCACACCCACAAUUGUGAGAGCAAAAUUGAUGUCUUCUUAUAAUUUGGAUCCACGACCUGAGUAUGCAAGAGCAGUUUUAAAAUGGAACGACGUAGAUACUCUACCACAAGCUUAUAGCACGGGAAAUCAGAUUAGUAGUAAAUUACUUAACUGCAAAAAUGCAAAUGCAUUAUUAAUGUUACCAGCACGUAAAGCAGAAAAGACUGAAUUGAAACAGGGAGAUAUAGUACAAGCAAUGCUGUUAGGAUUCACACAACGUACGUAA